UAAACUAAAAGGCUUAGAAAAAAUAUUCAAUAUAAAUAAGUUAAUAAAAAAAAUUAUUAUUAUAUCCAAAUAAUCCAUUUACCACUAUCCGGACUUGUACUCAACUCAACGGGGUAGCGUCUUUAUACUCAAAAAUCCCAAAUUCUCAAAAUUUCUGCUCCUAAUUUUUGAAUAAAUUGAUUUCCCCUACUAUUAAUCUUUCCCCAUUUCAUUCAACAAUUAGAAAUUCAAGUUGAUCAAUUAUAGAUGAAGAUGGAGAAACCCCCAAUUUAAGGUUGCAUCAAUGCGCAUCAAUUUAGACCUUAAUUGCUUAUUCUAGCCCUAGCAAAAAUUUGAGUUGCAGUUCUGUCAAUCAAUGGCUUGUUGAGUAUCAUCAAACUAUCAAAGCAUGGAUUAUAUUAGUAACUUGCCUGAUGCAAUUAUCAGCUACAUUCUAUCUUUUCUCUCUACAAAGUCUGCUAUGAAGACGUGUAUUUUAUCGAAAAGAUGGCAGUAUGUCUGGACUAAAGUCCCUGCACUGGACAUUACUGAAAUGCCGCAUUCACGUAGAUACCUGAGUGAUGAGCAGCAAAUUCAUUUCAAGAAUUUCGUGAAUAAGGUUUUACUUCAAAAUGAUGUAUCCUGUCUGCAAUGUUUUACCCUCAGAACAUAUUCUGAGUAUGAUUACGACUGUAUUGAGUCAUGGUUGAGAGCUGUAGAAGGGCGUGAGUUUUCUGAGCUCAAUGUAAAGCUUCAUUGCCCCAAGACUUUUUACUUGCCUAGACAGUUUCUUUCCGGUCAGAAACUUGUGGUUUUAAAACUAGAAGGGUUUAUGAUUAGUAAUAUGGGGCAUUCAUUCCAUCUUCCAAAUCUUGAGAUCAUCCAUUUAGUUUCCAUUCUGUUUGAUGGCGAUCUAUUUCUAAAGAGUUUGGUGUUGGAUUGUACUGCUCUUAAGGAGCUGCUUAUUGAUGGAUGUUAUGGUUUUGAGGAAACACUCUAUGUGGAGUCUUCGACCUUAGAGUCAUUAGAAAUAAAAGAAUGCGCAAUUAAUCGCAGUAAUUAUGUGUUACCUUUUAUACGCAUACAAACCCCAAAUCUUAGGUACCUCAGUCUCCAAGACGCGCUGGCUAAUUAUAACAUCGGUGAACUAAAGUUGCUUAUUGAGGCAAAUCUUGAUCUUUGGGAUAGUGAAGGUUAUGAUGAAAUUGAACAUCAUGCACUUCAGCUUAUUGAAAAGAUUUCUGGAGUAAAAUCUCUGCGAUUAGGAAGAACUGAUGUUGUUUGUUGUUUUGAAGAUGCUAUACCAAACUUUGAAAACUUGAUUGAGUUGAAGCUUGCCGCUGAUUUUGUUAUCCAUGAGCUGUUAGAAAGUACUCCUAAGCUGAAAUCUUUGAUCAUUGAGGAAGUAGAUUGUGUUGGUGAGAAUUUUUAUUCCAAAGUUGCGCCUGGUUGUAUGUCAUCUCUUGAACAUGUUGAAAUUUUCUUGGAUAAAAGACAUCAUAUCAGAUUGGCAGAGUAUAUAUUGAAAGUUUCUACCGCCUUGAAGAAGAUGACAAUCUACUUGCAUCCUACGACUAUUAAGAGGGGCAGAGCUGUUUAUCAAAGUUUAUUGAAUCUUCCAAGAUCCUCACCAAUCUGCCAAGUUAAAGUUGUCCAUCUUGAUUAAUAGGUAUUGUUGAGCUAAAGGUUUCAAGAAGUUCACUAUUAGAGCUACAAGUUUUCGCAUAGUUUUCACCAUAUUUACAUUGAAAUCGAUUAGAAACAUGAAGACUUGUUAAACACAGCCUACACAGGUUUAAAAGUAUGUUCCAUAAUCCAUAUUCAUAUUGGAUGAUAUUGCAUCUUAUAUAUUCUGCAAUUCUUCUGAUGCAAAGUAUGUUCCAUAUUUGAUUUUGUCUAAAAUGUUAUCUUUACUCGUAUAUCUUUUGCCUUCUCAUAAUUUGUAUUACGUAUUCGUUUUCCUUAGAAUAAA